GAAGGUUUCAGAGAUAACCUAAAAAUAUACGUACAGGGUGGUGCUGGAGGAAAUGGUCUGCCCAAAUUUGGUGGUGUUGGAGGUAAUGGAGGAAAUGUUGUAGUAGCAGCCAAAGAAGACAUAUCCCUUGAAACUGUUUUCAAAUCUAACAAAACAAAGCAGUAUAUAGCUAAAGGAGGACGGCAUGCCUCACACAAUUUCAUCUUAGGAAUACCAGGAGAAGAUCUGAGGUUUGAAGUACCUGUUGGAGUGUCUAUUAUAACAGAAUUAGGAAAAAAAUUAGGUGAAUUGAAUAAUGAAGGUGAUGAACUUGUCUUAGCAAAAGGAGGUACAGGAGGACAUGCAAAAAAUGGUUUCUUGGGUACAAAAGGGCAAGCAUAUUUUGUUAGCUUGGACUUGAAACUCAUUGCUGACAUAGGAUUGGUAGGAUUCCCGAAUGCUGGAAAAAGCACACUCUUGAGGUCAAUAUCUCAAGCAAAACCAAAAGUUGCCAGCUAUCCAUUCACAACUGUGAAGCCAAAUAUUGGUAUUAUGGUAUAUAAAGAUCAUCGCCAAAUUUCCAUGGCCGAUUUACCAGGUCUCAUAGAAGGAGCCCAUGCUAACCGAGGAAUGGGUCAUGAGUUCUUGAAGCAUGUUGAGAGAACAAAGCUAUUGCUUAUGGUCGUUGAUAUAAAUGGCUUUCAGUUAGGUCCUCAGUAUCCUCAUAGAAGUUGCUUGGAAACUGUGAUGCUCUUGAUAAAGGAGCUUGAAAUGUAUAAUGAAGAUAUGUUGAUGAAACCAUCAAUGAUUUUAAUAAACAAAAUGGACUCUGAGGGAUCAUUAGAGAGAUUUCAAGAAAUAAGAGACCAUUUGAAAAAUCUACCAGAAUUUUUCAAACAAUAUCCCGAAGAGAUGAGACCUAAUAAAACAUUGAAUUUUUGUGAUAUCAUUCCCAUAUCAGCGAAAGAACAUCCUGAUGAUGUUGAACAUGUUAAACAGAAGUUACGUAAGCUAUUAGAUGUAUUAGCAGAACUAGAGAAGGAAGAGGAAGAUCAGAGCACUGAAAUAAUUGAAAAUGUAAGGAAAUCGUUGAAAGAAAAAGGACCUGUGCUUGUAUAA